UGGGCCACCACGCAUGAUGAAAAGGGAACUUACUGAAAAAACGGAAUGGGACGAAAUUCUCAUCAUUAUUCUCCCAUGCGGAGAGCUGAGAGGAGAAUUCAAAUCCAAUUCCGGACUCCUGGCGAAAGUAGCGGCUGUAAUGGCUGAGGGUCGUGUUCGUCAGGAUUUAAAAAAAAUCACGCCCAGUUCUUCCCAGGAGCUGCACCAUACAUCCGUGCAAAAAAUUCAUGAGAACAAACAAAGCAGCAAUAAGGUCCAUAGAAAGAACUGUAGAUUUAAAAUCAUUGAAGGAGAACUGUGUCGAAUUAGAGGACGCAGCCGCAAGAAACGAUAUACCCGACGAUAUAUCGAAUAGCGACUCGGAAAUGGUCGUCUUUCAAUGCGAAGAAGAUGACCAACGAUAUGAUGACCUACUUCUUCGACAGAGACACGAUGGAGAGGUCAUAUGUUACAGGAGGGGCAUGCAAUGUCCAUGUACGUAAGGGGAUACUGGCAUUAUCCAAGCUGGAUAGAGAAAAAGUGGACGCAAUAAUAUGUUAUGUAAGCGGCCGCUUUCCUCGGCUGUAGAACCCAAGGAAGAUUAUUUUGGAGACUAUCAGGGCAAAAUUGAAUACUGUCCAAAAAAGCGAAGAAGAGGGCAGCAAACUUAAAACGAGGGGGAUCUGUAGCAGAGGCGCCAAGUUUAAAGGCUGGAUAUUUCGACACCUGUUAAAGCGAAAAAAAUGUAAUAUAAUAUAAUUAUAUAAUAUAAUAUAAUCAAUGAAUUCGGCGAAUUCCCUGAAUUCCACGAACUUAGUUCCGUCAAAUCUUUUAAUUCGGCAAAUAUUGUGAAUUCCAUGUGUACAGUUUUCUUCGUAAAAACACUUUAAUACAUGUAUAUUGGAAUACAUGUUUGCAAUUUUACCUCACGCUUAUAUUGUAGAAGUAUUUCAGAAGUGUUGUACAAUUCGAAACAUUAUUAAGAGUGUACCAGGUGUAUACAUAUGAAACCGGUAUUGCCAUUUAGCGGCCAGUAGGCACACUUGUAGGCACUGUCG